AUACUUUACGAGGAAAUCCUAAUCAUGGUUAUAUUAAACCCUUGGUAAAAGAUCUUCUCCAACAACUUCACCAAAACAAUAAUCCGGAUUUAGAAAAAUACUUGAUUUUACGAAACGAAAUUAUUCAACCUAACACUUGA